GAGAUCUGUUUACAAAAGCGAACAAAACGAAUUCUGAACCUACAUGUAAGGGUCAGAGUUGGGGAUGGAGACAACUGGAGAAGGCACACAGACACAGUCUUCCAGUUACGAAUAAUACAGAGGAGCAGAAAAAGAAGAUAAAGCCUUGUUCACAGAACACUCCGAAGGAGAUCUGAGAACACAGAUCAAACCCAGGGACUGAAGGAAGCAGUAGUUACAAAGAGGAGCCUGGACAAGACAACUCAUCACCAGGGGCAGCUUUGGCUGAAGGAUAGAGUGGUCGUCCUCCAACCAGAAUGUCGGUGUCUCAGAGGUGUUUGUGCUGUGUCAAAUAUUUGAUGUUUGUCUUAAACCUUAUCUUCUGGCUAGGAGGAUGUGGCUUAUUUGGAGUUGGAGUAUGGCUGUCCUUCACACAGGCAGAGUUUUCCUCUCUUCCUCUGUCCUUUCCAUCCCUCUCCGCUGCCAAUCUGCUGUUAGUCGCUGGUGGCAUUACCAUGGUCACUGGCUUCCUGGGUUGUCUUGGGGCCCUUAAGGAGCAGCGCUGCCUGUUGUUCAUGUUCUUUGUGAUCCUUUUGCUCCUUGUCCUGACAGAGGUGACUCUAGUGUUGGUUAUACACAUCUUCCAUGACAAGCUGGAUUCCAAAGCACAAGAUGAAUUAAAGGAAGGUAUGAAGAUUUAUAAAUCAAAACCUGGACUGAAAAAAUCCUGGGACAAUGUGCAGAAAAUGUUCAAAUGCUGUGGAGUAACAAACAAAACAGACUGGUAUGAUGUGCUGAAUGGAACGCUACCUUCAUCCUGCUGCUCUGUUGGGAUGGACCAGUGUGUUGACGGAUGGAGUGAGCCGUGCUAUCAGAAGGCCAGGCAGUGGCUGCUCAUUAACAUACCCUCAGUCCUGGUGUUUGGAGUCUGUAUUGGUGUUGUACAGAUAUUGGCUCUGGUGUUCUCCAUGAUGAUGUACUGUCAAAUUCUGUGUGCAGAGAAGCACUUGGACUGAGUGCAGACCAGAUGUUCUCUGUCUCGUCGAGGAUCUCAAUUUGGGUUACAAACUCCCUGUAGGAUUCCCCUCAAAGCCAACACGUAAUAGACAUGGGGCAGUAUUAACAAAGCCAGCCACAGACUGAGGAAGAAGAGUUGACAGAAAAUGAUGAGCAAUGCUGGUUGUCUUUAUAGCAGUCAUAUGAAUUUAAUAUCAUGCACCUCACCACGGCUCAACAAUGAUUCAUUAUACAGCAUCUUGUUUCGUUUUUAGGACAUGAGAUAAGACAGUGUGUCAUGAAACAACAAGUGGCACAUUCUGUUAGUCUGUAUGCCUGCAGGAAAAAUGCAGCUUUACUCAAUAAUUAUCAUUCAAUUCUUAAUUUUUUGGGAUUUCAUUAACCCCAACCGGAUGUCAAGGGUAAAAGAGAGUAAACCUGAAUAAUCUGGUUUGUGUCUUAGGUCAAGCAUUAGGAUGGGGGAAAUGCUUUCUGAAAAGCAUGCACCACUAUAAAACAAAACAGACAGAGAGAAAACACUGAAAGAACAGAAAAUAGUGUAUGGAGCACUUUGUUAAAAAUUUCAGGCCUUGUAUCUUAUGCACUUUGAAUGUGUCUCCUUUAGUGACUCUACAGCCACUCUUAUUUCAAUCUAAUCUAUCUAACCAUUAUCCUUUAUUGUCCGUAUUUACCAUAUAAGUCUAUCGAACCUUAUCUUUUUCAUUGGAGCAUAUACAUAUAAAUUAUCUUUUAUCCCUCAACAGAUGUGGCAUUAGUAUUGUAUUGUAGACUAGUAACGAUGUUGCAUGCCUCUUCAAAAUAUGCAUGUUGGUGCGUGGCACACUGACAAAAAAUAGCCAGAAUGGAUCAACACUUCCUAGCAGUGGAAUGAGUUAGGUUGGUCUUGUCUACUUGUAAACUAAAUUUGCCGUUUUAUUCAGUUUAGUUGAAAAUAAACCACUUCUGAAAGAGCAGUAAGGCUGAAAAAUGACUGUGGCCGCAGCCUAAAGAAGCUUGUUUCUUUGUGCAACCGGCAAAAAGGGAUAAAUAUAGAGAAGGAUACAGCUGCACUGACUGGCAUGUUUAUUCUUUGUGGUCAACACAGGCCCGUCAAGAGCUUUUUAAAACUAUGCCAUCAAUAGGUCUGUGUUUACUGAUUUUGCUUUGUUGAUAUGAUCAGCUGACAUUAAUAAAUGUUCAAAAAAAUAAAGCAACAUAUCAAUGCA